GGCGCGGCGCCCGCCAAGGCGUGCGUGGUGUGCGGCAAGGGCAAGGCCGCCGGCGUCAAGCUGCGGCGCUGCGCGGGCUGCAGGAACCCCCAGGUUGUCUACUGCUCCGACGCGUGCUGCAAGCAGCACUGGAAGCUGCUCGGCCACAAGGCCGCCUGCCUGGCCGACCAGCGGCGCCGCUCCGCGGCAGGGGCGGCGGGGCACGAGGACGCGCGGCCGAGCAGCAGCGGGGCGAGCAGCAGCACCAUUGGCGCGUGA